GCAACUUCGGUUUUUGAAUGCACAGACUACUCUGAUUAUCUGUUAGUAACAAUGAAAAGAACCAGUGAAGAUGACGAGGAGCUGGACUAUAUGUCUGAUGCUAUUCUUGAAUCUUUAUCCACUCCACCUCCUGGCUUAGUAACCGUUCGUAGCGUCACUCGCAAGCGUGCGUCUGAUGAAUCUGCCAAAAGUUACAUGGAACGUUGCAGACGGGACAGUGAAGCCAAGGUGCGAGAAGAGGGACUUCGAAAACAAGUUGAUUCCUCAAAUAAAGGCUUUGGCCUACUUCUGAAAAUGGGAUACAAACCCGGUGAAGGUUUGGGAAAGAAUUCAGAGGGUCGUCUUGAACCGGUCCCAAUCGACUUGCCAGAGGGCAAAUCUGGUCUCGGCCUCGUCUCAUCUAGAAAGGAGAGACUGCAGGCUAUUCUGGAAUUUAGGAAGAGGAAAAUUCAGGCUGAACGUAACAUGUUUCGCUCUGCUAUGUCUCACAAGUACCAACUCUGUCGAGUUCAAAACCAGCUCGUCUCUGCCCGCAACAUGUGCUUCCAGUUGGAUGCCGAAAAGGGGAUUACCAUUCCCGUACAUCCAUCUUAUUGGCCAUUGAGGGAAGACGAACAAGAUAACGAAUCUGCAUCAGAUUCAUGCAGUUCCAAACCUUUCUCCGAUCCGAAAAGGCGCCGGGCAAUACGAGGUUGUCAUUUCAGCAUGUCUGAUAACUCUGAUUUGCCUUCGGAGCCAGACACCGAGGAUGAUGAAGAAGCUGACUUGGUGAGCAAAGUAAAGUUGGAAGAAAAUGUGGAAGAAACACUAGAGAAAAUCGUGCGCUACCUGCGUCGGAAGCAUUCAUUUUGCUUUUGGUGUAGCGUGCAGUACGAAUCUCAAGAUCAUCUUCUCGCCGAUUGCCCUGGCCCUUGCGAGGCGGAUCAUGAUUAACCACUGUACUGCUUCGUGCUUCUGUAAAUACUGCCUACAUUUGUAAAAAAAAUUUGCGUAGUGCUC